AUGUGGCUCAUCAACACCAAAACCCUCAGGCUAGAGCAGUUUGACGACCCAAGCACACUACCCAAGUAUGCCAUCCUCUCACAUACCUGGGAAAAUGAUGAAGUUUCCUUUCAGGAUAUACAAAGCAUCGAUGCCGCUCGACAAAAAAAGGGAUUCUCAAAGAUAGUUGGAAUUCGCGCCUUGGCCCUAGAGGCUGAUAUGGACUUUGCUUGGGUUGAUACUUGUUGCAUCGACAAGACAGACAGCGUCGAGCUAGGAGAGGCCAUCAACUCCAUGUAUCGCUGGUAUGCACAGGCUGCUGUCUGCAUUGUCUACCUUGGUGAUCUGCCGGCGACAAUAACAGAUUCUGCUUUGGCUGCUGGGCAAUUGCAUGCCUGCAAAUGGUUCACACGAGGCUGGACCCUUCAAGAACUCAUCGCUCCAAAGAUUGUCAACUUUUACAACAGCGAUUGGCGCUUUGUCGGAUCAAAGAGCGAUCAUUUUGCAUCUACAAUCGCAGGCUUUACAAACAUCGCCGAGGAUGUUUUGCUACACAAAAAGGACCCUUCGGAAUAUACCGUUGCCCAACGCAUGUCCUGGGCAUCCGGCAGAAGGACGAAGCGUCCCGAGGAUAGGGCAUAUUCUUUGAUGGGGCUAUUUGAUAUCAGUAUGCCCCCUGUUUAUGGAGAACAAGACAGGGCUUUUCAACGGCUCCAGGAAGAGGUCAUUAGAACAAACCCAGACAUGUCUAUACUGGCUUGGCAUCCUGUGUCGCCUGGAGCUUCACGCCUUGGAUUGUUUGCUUCAUCUCCGGAUGAGUUUCAACCUCGAAACUGUCCAAGGCGUCUUCGAUGGGGACAUACCACCGUCACAAAUAUGGGUUUAAAAGUCCACAAGACAUCACUCAUCUGUGUGCAAGUUCCCACUGACCCAAAAGCGGUGGAAGCUUUGAAAGCCGAACAAUCUCGUGGUUGUUCAAGUCAGGCACCUGAUGCUAUCGUACCUUUACCAUUCCGACAGGACGUACCCGAGAGCGAUCACCUUGUUCUCUACGCACUGGUGGUCGGUCAGUUCCGGGGCGGAAGCACAUGCGCAAUCUUUUUGCGCAAGAUGGGACCUGGAUUCUUUCAGCGCGAAAUAGGCUUGCCUUUGGCCACCAUCCCCAAGAAUUUCAAGCAUCCCGUGUCUAAUUUACGAUUUCCUUGGGAUGCACCAGACAAGGUGGUCAUUUAUACAACUCCUCAACAACACAGCAUUCAGCAUGUUCGCCGUGCCAUACACUUUCCCCUCUCUGUCGACUUUCGUUGCAAGUUUUCCCUCAAAGGGGAGCAAGCUGAGAUACAACCAAACAGAACCGACUGGGACCCCAACACUCGAGUCUUGUUUCGUCCGGAAGAUGUUGACAGUCUGCAUGUGGUCCCAUUCGAGGUUUACAUUGGCAGCAAGACAGUGAAGCUGAUAGGGCUCGUCAACUGGUACGUUCCGCCGCGCAUUGAUCUCGUCUCUCGGGAUAAGCACCCAGACAUAUUCAACUACCUGGUCAGCAUCCCGGGAGAUCAGAGAAGGAGGUGGAUUGACCUAUCGACAUUUAUUGGAUCGUCACGGCUGCGCCCAAUGGGAGCAGACAUAGUCGUCCUGGUCGGCCAGAUACGGCAUCGCAUCCGUAUGUCUUUGAGCCUCGGAAUGUCAGAGCCAAAGAUGUAUACCGCUGGCCUUGUGGUCAAGAGUGUUCCUGACUGGGAGGAAGAUGACACUGCCGUAGAGACAGGGGAUGAGAGCCUCGACGAAAUGGAGGACGAUCGAAACCGACGAACCCCAGAUGCUUGGUCGGACAGCAGUGAUUCUGAAGUUCCGGCCACACAAAGAACAUCUUUUGCCUCUCCAACACUUUCAUCAUCAAAACGCAUACGCUAUUCACCAGCAGUACAGUUUGUGGAUGCAGACAUGCGAGAGACCCCACACCUUGGCCCCCAGCCGCUGGGUGAUCGCCGGUCUCCUAGCUUCCAACCUUUCCCUCCUAGACAUCCAGCAGCGGCGAUGCCAUCGGCAAUCGAAAUAAGUGAAACUUCAAGCCGUCCGAGAAGGCCUAUCAUGUCUUCCAGUCCAUCAAGGCGACGGAUGCAACACACGCUAGAAUCCAAGAUGUCCAAGCCAGAGGUGGAAAGUCGAAAGGCAGCAGUGACGGCAAAUGCAAUCAGCCCAGGCGUGUCGCUUUCAGGUGUUCCGCGUAUCGCAAGAACGCUAUUUGAAGCAGGUUAG